CGCCAGCGCUGCUGCCAUUCAAACACACCGCACAACUAAAUAAAGAUCAGCCUGUUUGUUAUUUUCCUGAUUUUGGUCACAGCCUGAAGAGAGAGGGGGAACAAACUGAAAUUCUCUCAGGUGAUCCACCAUUCAUGAAAUAAUUUUUGGCUUUACCCGCGUUGUGAGUUUCACCACUUCCCCACCCCCCUGUGGGACUCCAGGUGCUUAACCUCCCUCCUGCCAGUUCUGCAUGGUCAUGACCUGUCAUCACGCCCCUUCCACAGCCCAGCUCAUCCUAUUGGUCCUGCUCAUUGUCACUCCACAGCUGGCUGGCACCGCCCCUGCGUGGGUUGAGGGAAGGGAGGGAGGGGUGGAAGGGCGCACCCGGACAGACCUAAAAGAGGACAACCUCGCCCCCUUCCUCUCGCCCCCACCCAAGAGUAUCUCCAGCCCUGACAACGCGUCGCUAGACCGGGGCUGGGGUCCGGGUCGAGAUAACCUAUCAGAUAAAUUGACUGACCCUGCGCGGGUACUCGCUGUUCUUCUGGAGGCCCUGGACCACCCGAGGGAGAGUGAAAUCCAGGGGGGCGCAUACAGAGACUGGGAGGAGGAUCAGAGUCAGGAGCUGCCUUCCAUUGAAGGCUUGGAGGGUGGUGAGAUAAGCAGAACAGGGGAGACAGAGGGUGAGAGGGGGGUGGAGGAGGAGGAGGGGGAAGAGGAGGGCCGAUGGGCUGAUAAGGCUAUUGAACAGCUAAUUGUAGGCCAUUUGACAGCUGCUCAGGGUGGUGACUUUAAGGAAAGGGAUGAUAAAAACACAAGGUCAGAUCAAAGGUGGUCCGUGGAGGAUGUGGGAGCUGAUGGUGUAAAUGGGGAAGAAGGGAAAGUAAAGGAUGAGGGACUGGAGGAGGGACAUUAUUUAGAACGUUUAUCAAACAAGGCAAGAACAGGUUCGGCCUCACAGGGAGAAGAGUCCUCUCUGCAGCGCAAAAUAAGAGGCUACUUCCAAAACAUUGACCUGGGUCUCCAAGAUAAUGAGAUCUUGCCUCCUCUGAAGGGCUAUAAGGCAUACAACACGCAGCUAGCACGAGCAGGGAAGAAGCAGCACUGGGAGGAGAACCAGUCCAACAACCGACCCUCCACGGGGGGCAACUUCAUGGACGAAUUUGAGGAUGAAGGUGAGGAGCUGGAGGAGGAGGUUGAAGAAGAGGAGGAGAGCCUCUCCCACAUGGAGGAGGAGGCCAGAGCUCGCGCAGAGAAGCAGGAGGUGCUCCGGCAACAGGAGGAGGCGGAGCGAGCCCGAGAGGAAGAGCAGAGGCUGGCAGACAUCGCCUCUGACAUGCUGCUGCAGUACAUGGGGAGAAAGCAACAGUCCUAUAUGAAGCCCCGGCAGAAAAGCAGCAUGGGAGUCGCCAGCAACACCGCCGAGGACAAGCGCUCCGAAGAGGUCCUCCCCGACGAAGACGACCUGGACCAGCAAAUGAUCGACAGGCUGAUCGAGAUCAGCAGCAAACUGCAUCUGCCGGCUGAUGAUGUCAUUGAGAUUAUUAGUGACGUAGAAGAGAAGAAGAAGAAAAGGAAAGAGUUGCAAAUGCUGCCAACCAACAGCAACCCCGUAGCCCCGCGCUUUAGGCCUCUGGUACCUCCUCCUCUGGCUGCACCUCCUAUCUACCACUACACAGCCUCAAAAAACCCCAAGAAAGCUCCUUAUAGGUACAACAAGUCCAACAAGAAAUGGCACAAGGACAAUGUCAAGUCACACAAGCAGGACUAUUGGUAUAAGCCUCAGAAGCAGCUUGACUACUGGUAUAAGCCCCAGAAACAAUUUCUAGCUUUCCCCUCUUAUCCAUACUACCAGAAGCCAUAUCGAGCAUACUACCCUGUUUAUUUCCCAUAUCCCAAAGCACAGUACUAUGGCAAGCCCUCCCCAUCCAGAGACCAGCCGUUCGGCCCCCAGGAACUUGACCUCCAGCCCCCAAGGCGCAGGCACCGAGGUGGGGGUAAGAACCGUGGUCAUGGUUGGAGGCAGCAGCCAGCGCCACGCCUGCCUCUCACCCCUUAUAUCUCUAACUAUAUCCUUCCUCACCCACGGACCUACCAAUCCCUACCUCCACCCAAACCAAUAACCCCGCCCAGGAGAGGCAGGAGACCCCCAUUCGUCUAUCAACAAGUCACACCGGCAGAUGACUAUGAGGAAGAUGGACUGGUGCCUCAGCUGAACAGUGAGGAGGAACUGGAGAACUUUAUUGAGAGGAUCUACAUGAAACGCAGAAUGUAUUGAGAGACUUUUUGGACAUGUUGUCAGAUCAGAGCGACUGACAGAGAUGGGAUAUAUUUACAGUAGCUGGAGAAAGGCUAAAAGAGAGGUGAAAAAAAAUGACUCAGAUGAGAUAUGUGUUUUGGGCCUGAUGAGAAUUUGAGAAUCAAGGAGUAAAAAGUACGAUUCUUUGUUGUUUUAAUCACUGUAAUUCUUGUUGAUUUUCUUGGUCAGGGAGACGAUGAAGGGGUCUCGGUUUUAGCUCCCUGUAACCAUGUUCAGCCUCUUGCUCAGUUUACAUUUUGAAACAGAACAUACCAUGGUGUAUGUCUGCCUCCAUUCAGGUCAAUCUCUGAUGCUCUUGCAUUAUACAGAGUUUUCUAGAGGACACACGGCCACACACACACACACACACAAACAAACACUUCUACAUGUAAUCCAAUUGUUGACACACUCAGAAGCUGAUGUGCCAAUUGCAAGAGAACCAUGUUUACAACAUCACUUUGUAUCCUUUGUUUUAUAUUCUGUAUGUCAUAUUACAAAACUAAAGUAGUUCAAUGACUUCUACGGAUAUAAAAAAAACAGAACACUGCUAUUGUCAAAUGUUCAAUGACAGUAUAUUUUGUUGUAUUUGAUGUGUGUAGUUGCCUUUCUUAUUCCUGAUUGGAUCACCUUUAAAGAGCUGCAAUUUGCAAAGGUGCAAAAUACACACAUUUCAGUUUCUCAGAGUUAAGGUUUUAGAUUGUUGCCUUACAAGCAGCAUGAUUCUUUAAGGGAAACAUCAUAUUGCAUAAUAUUAUCAUUUCAACCGGUCCCAAUGUAGAAACCCUGUGGACUCCAAAAGCACAAACUUAAACACUAAACACUUCCAACCUGGUGGACGAAGGGUUUUCAAUCAUUUUGGGAUCCAGAGGUUCUUGUGUUAACAGUACCACCAGAAAUACCAUAACCACCACACCACUCCUUGACAUUGAAGGAGGCCUUCACAUUUUUUGAGCACAUUCUUGGCCAUAUUUCUUGCAUCAUCCAUUAUCUGUACUUUCACCUUUCUUUACAAAAAAAUACUUGAAAUCACACGAAUCUGUUCUGCAGCCUUUUAAAACAGAUUUCCACCAAGAGGCUACAAACAUUUAGUUCAUUUUCAGAAGAAAUUCAUUGAAAGGUUUCAGGCCGGGGAGUCAGGGAUUGUGCUUAAACCGUUAAAUGCACGUCUUUCUACUUGCAUCUUAAAAAAUGAACAAAAAAAAAACAAAAAAAGAGAAAAAAUAAAACAGUAUAGGGAAUUCACAAUGGCUGUUUUCUCUGAAUAAACUGUGAACAUAAAAAAAAACUAAUCUCAAAAGCAGGAGGGCCACUGUGUCCGCAGUGAAGCCAUCUGUCUUGUAAAAGGAGAGUGUUGUUGUUGAUGUCACCUUUAGCAUUGUAAGAUGUACAGUGUGAAAUAAAUAUGCCCGUGCAAUGUGUAAAUAACAGCAUGAUGAUUACUAGUUUUGCUAUAUGAUAAAAAAUAAAAGCAAUUAUUUUAUUAAAGUUCAGUUUUUUAAU